AUGGCACAAGGAACCAAACGACCACAAGGCGCCGGCGGCCCCAAGGGCGGACCCAAGAAGGGCCAGAAGAUCACCAAGAAGUACAUCAUCAACGCCUCGCAACCCGCAAACGACAAGAUCUUCGACGUGACCGCCUUCGAGAAGUUCCUGCACGACCGCAUAAAGGUGGACGGCCGCACCGGCAAUCUCGGCGAUACCAUCAACAUCUCUCAGGCCGGCGAGGGCAAGAUCGAGGUCAUUGCGCACCAGGAGUUUUCCGGGCGGUACCUCAAGUACCUGACGAAGAAAUUCCUCAAGAAGCAGCAGCUCCGUGAUUGGUUGCGGGUGGUGUCGACCUCGAAGGGGGUGUAUGAGCUCAGGUUCUUCAAUGUUGUCAAUGAUGAUGCGGAUGAGGAUGAUGAGUAG